AUGAAGAAAGAUGAAGCUAAAUUGAAAGACUACUUAGAGAGAGUUAAAAACAUAAAAAGCGAAGAAGAUGCUAUCAAUUUCUUUAAGUAUAAUACAACAAAAAAGAAUUUUCAUCAUUAGAACUAAAGACCAAUUGAUAAAAUAGAGUUUAUCAGCAUGUUCGAAUUGUAUGAUAAGAUUAUAAAUAGCUUAGUUAAGUAAUUAGAGAAAUGCUAAGAAUAGGAAGAUAAUACAAUUUAAUGUGCAGAAAUCGAAAAAAAGAUAGCAGAUAUACUUAAUCACUACCAAUGGUUAUUGCUAACAGGAAAGAAUAGAUGGUCUGAAGAGAAGCUAAAAGAUUUUAUAGAUUUAUAAUGCUCAUAUUUAGUCAAUUUAUUUGCUCUUUCAUUCAACCCAGCUGUUUACUUUUAAAUUUACAAAGCAAUACCCAUUAACGAUUACGAAUUAGAAGAUAGAAAUCAAAUAUUAGCAUUCUUAAGUCAUUAUGAUAAGAACAUAGAUACUAUGAAGCAAAAUUUGCAUGAUUAUUUCAUUAAUUGCUUGAAUAUUGAUUAUCCUGUCCAUGAUAACUAAAAACUGUAUGAUGAGAAAGUUGAAUUGUUUCUCCAAAUAACUGAAAAUGAAUAUAUUUAAAAACAUUCUUCCUACUCUAUUAUUAGAAAAAUUACUUAAGAAAUACUAAAGCCCAAUAAAAACGAGUCAAGCUCUUAGAAAAUGCAAACAAAUUUAAUAUGUUGUCUAAUUCACUACAUCAAGUUAUCUCUAAGUAGUGAAUUUAUUAAUUCUCCUUUUCACUCAAUUAUGUAGUGCAUGUCUCUCCUAACUCAAAUUUACUACGACGAUAAGAAAAAAUAUAAGAAUAAAUAUAAAAGUUUAGAGUUUUUAAAAAUAAAAGGCGAAGGUGCUAAGGAAUUAUUUGAAGAGAUAAGCUAAUAUAUUGAAAAAUACAAAGAUACCGAGCAUGUGUAGUACAUAUUAGAUUUUUUAGCAAAUUUAGAGUAUCCAAAGUUAUUUUGCAGCGAUGUAUUGGCACCUAUUUAUGAAAAAAGCUCUUUGUUUUAUAAGUAUGAGUUAUUUUUUUGCAAUGUACUUGAAGAUAUUUAUGAACACUGUAAUUAAGAUACCCAAUUGAAAUAUCCAAUUUCUAAAGUAGUUUUAAGCAACACAAUGAAUCUUAAAGAUUUUAUAGAAAUAUCUCUAUAAAAUGUAGAGUCCCUGAGAUAUUUAAUGAAAACAUUUUAAAAUAUGACUUAAAUAUAAUAACAAACUUCAAAUAUCUAAAGAUAAAAUUUAAUAGAUUUACAUCAAAAGUUGCUAAAUCUUCAUAAAUAAAUAUAUAUGAGCUUUGCUAGAAGUGAAUGGAUUUUUGAUGUAGCUAUAUUAGAAAUUUAUCUAGCUUUUUCAGGCUAAGUCUUCCCAGAAUUUUACAGAUUUGAUAUGCAAUCUGAACUUUAGAUUAAAUGUGUAGAAUUAAUUGUUAAAUAUGUGAGAAAAAACACUAUGCUCCACUGCAAAUAUAAAAAUAAUAGAAGAGAAGUAUCUGUAGAUGAAUUCUUUUUUAUGAUCAAAGUAUACUUAAAAUUAAUAGAGGAGAACAUAUCUUCAGAAAACUAUGAAGAAUACUUGAAUAAUCUAUUUUUUAACAUAGAAGAUCUUGUUUAGUAUUGUGCUGAAAAAAGAAAUGAAGAAGGAGAAAACACAGUGAGCUGCUUAUUGUUAAAUCUUUGCUUCAAGUCUUCAAACAUAGAGCAAAUGGAAAAUUAUUUUAAUUGGAAAGUUGAAAAUAAAGUUGCAAAGUUUGAAUAAUGUAUUGACUUGUUUUUAAAGUAGGGAAUUCAAGUAUAUCCUUAUUUUGAUAACUUCAUAACUUGCUUUACAGAAAAAAUUCUCAAUUAAAAUGAAAACUUAAGAGGAAUUUACACAAGAAUGAUUGUAAAAUAUAAUUUUUGUAGAUUAUUUGAUAAUAGCAACUCUCAAGUUUAACUUAAACUGAAAAAAGAAGGAUACGAUAUCUCUAUCAUUGAAUUAAAAAAUCAAAUAGAAUUUUAAAUAAAAAAUGCUAUUUAAGAAAAGAAUAUGCUCAAAAAGUAUUUUAGAGAGUUAAAUUUAAAGGAGAUUGUGGAUUAAGAAUAUUCUUUCUUGUAUAAGAGAAUUAUUUUUUGGAAUAAUUUGAAGUACGAAAAAAUGAUGGUCAAUACAAAAGGUCUUUUAACAUCAAUAAGCAAUUAUGCAAGUGAAGAAGAAAAUACUCACCACCACCUCUUUAAAAUUUAUUAUGAAUACUCUCUUCAAUUUGUCCAAUUCAUCACAUGCUUUACUAAAAAAAAUCUCAUCGGAAAUCACUUUAGUGGAAUUAAUCUGAACUAGAAAUAGAUCGUUUAAACAUUUAAUAUUUAGUAAAAUAUCAUAAAUCUAUUCUAAGAUAAAAAAGAUAUAAUUGACAGAGUUGGUAAGUAUUUAUUAAGAGUAAAUUCUAAAGAAAAAUUUAUAGAUUAAUUAUGUAGUGAUGAAGAAGAAAAAAUUCAUAAUAUUAGUUAGCAAACCAUUGUAUAUUUAAACUACAUAGCUCACUCACCUAGAAAUCUAAAGUUAGACUCUCAAGUAUUCACUCUGUUAAUUGACAUAAUAAUUAGUGUUUUUUAUGAAUUUUCAAAUAACAACUUUAAUUUGAUUGAAGAUAGCAAAUAACAAGAAAGUCAACUCCUUAAAAAGAUAGAUUAAGUUUAUAUUAAAAAUAUUAACAUCUUCAACAAAUUUGGACAAUCAUUCAAUCAAUUACAAAAGGAAAUUAACACUCACUAUUUAAAUAGCAUAAAAAAUAAUGAAUUAAAUGACACUGAUAAGUCUUUAAAUUAAAAUGAAAGUCCUCUAGUUAGAGAAAAAUUUUUUGAUUUAAUAUAAUUUUCUCUGAGCAUGUUAAACAAUGUUUCUGAAAAACCUGAGAAUAUUAUUAAAUUUAGUGUUUUAUUAGACAAAAUACUUUAAAUCACUUCACUCACUUAUAAAAAAACUGGAAAAGUAGGUUCAAACUUAAAUGAAAGAUAUAUUCUUAUGUGCUAGUGUUUAUCAAGAACAUAAAACGAUAAAAUUAUUUAGCAAUAUUUUGAAAAAAUUUUACCUUCAUUUUAAGAAUUAGUUUCAAAGUGUGCUGAUGUUAGCUAAUAGGAUCAUAAUAAAAAGCAUUUGAGUUAUGUUAAGCUGUAUUAAUAAAAAUACACUAACAUAUUUUCUGAUUAGAUCAUAUUGAAUGAGUUUAUGAACAAUGAUGAUAUUUAAAUUGAUAAAAUAAAUUUAUAGUUAGGUGAAAUAUCUUAAUUAGAAAAUAAAAUUAUCAAAGUAAUUGAUGAGAAAUCUGAAAAAAUAUGCAGUAAAUUCGACUACUUGGAAUAAAUACUUAAAUUAGAGGUUAUUGAAAAAGAAUAAUUUGCAUAAAAAAUGCAAGAAUAAUUGAUAGAGAAGCUAGAAGAUUUAAUAAAAGAAAACUAGUAUGAAAUAAACUAACUUGCAUCUCUCUUGAAAUCCAUCAGUUUAUAAGCUCAUCCCAAUUCUAUUCAAAACAGAAAAUAAAAUAAUGAGCUAAUCUUAGCUAUAGUUUCUUCUUUGUAACAUAUAAUAGAACCUUAUGAAUUUGAUGAGCAAAAUAUAGAUUAAGAAUGUUCAAAAGAAUAAUCUUCUUAACUGAAAUUUGAACUAUUGCUGCUAUAUUUUAUUGACCAAGUUUAAUAUAAGUUUGAUGAGAAAACAGAAGAAAGUCUUGUCGAAUAAAUUCUUUAAAAGUUACUCCUUAGUGUAAAUAAGAAUAUACCAUUAAAUAUAUAUAAGCUAUAUUUUAGCAACUCUAUUUUAAUGAAAAGAUUGCAAGCAUUUAGUAAAAACUAGUUCAAAUAUUCUAAAAGAGGUAUAGCCUUAUAUAAUCAUUUAUGCAAAUUAGUAAAUGAAUCAAAUGAUAAAUCUUAACAAUCUGAAGAUAAAAAUAUUGAUGUUAAGCCUGCUUUUGUUGCAUCAUAUUUACAGCUUUUAACUUAGUUUAUUGAUUUACAUAAUUCUGGAGAUAUUCUUUACAUCAUUUCUUAAUUGCUAAGCUAGUGCUAAUAACACAAUAACCUAUAUGAUUCAAUAUUUUAUAUUUUAUGCAAUAUUCUUAAAACUAAUGAGCAAUUCUAUUCUGAUUCAAUUCUUUGUAAGAUAGCUAUUAUAGAUAAAAUUAAUUACAUUAAUAAUCUUCAGCAAUCAAAUAAUAACAUGGACGAUUUCAUUUUGGAAAAUGAUAGCAGGUACAUAAAAGAAUAAUCUCCAGUUGAAAAUAUCAUUUCUUACAAAGUAUUUUUGGAAAAGUACUCAGUCUACUUCUUUGCUCCUAGCUAUUAUUAAGAAGCUGUUAAUACUCAGCAAAUAAGAGAAUUGAUUUAAAAAGAAAGAAAAUUUUCAGAAUUAAAGAAUUUAAUAUAAGAGAUAAAGAAUAAAAAGUAUUUUGAAUAAAAUGAAUUAAGCAUACAAAUAAUGAAAAUAAUUAUUGAUAAUGAAAAAACUAAUAUUAGAUUAUUACAUAUAUUAGUGAAUCUCUUCCCUUAGGUCAUUUUUAUAUUUAAGGAUAAUUUGACAGAAAUUAUUAGCUAAGCAUUAAAUGUAGAAUAUAACAUCAAUUCUGCAAGCAAUUUUAUUUAGAAUGUGUUUGAAAUAGUUUCUAUUGAUCAAGAGUUUUUAGAGCAAUACAAGUCUUGUUUAAUUCAAAAAUUAAAGGAAAUGAUUGAGUAAGAAAUUUCACAAGCAAAAUUAAUUGAAGUUGCAUAACUAAUUUUCCCUAUGGAAAAGAAAUAUUAAAGACUGCUUAUUAAUUAUUUGGCAUAACAAAUUAAGUUUGAAGCAGAUAAUUCCAAGAAUUAUUCUUUGACUAAUUCUUAAAGAUGGAAUUUAGACUAUUUUAAUAAUUUAGUUUAUCAAAAAUAAUUAACUAAAGCAAGUAAUACGCAAGAAGAACCUAAUAAAUUUAUAUCUUAAAAUUUGAGUAAGCACAUAGGUAGUUUGCUACAAAAUAAAGAAGCUUAUUCUUCAUUUUUCAAAGAAUACUAAGCUCUUAUGAACUCGCUAGGAUAAGAUAAAGAAAGGAUAUUUGAUUACAAGAAUGUAGUUAUUUAAAGAGAUUUUGGAAUGCUUGAAAAUUUAAUUGAGUCUGCUUGUUCAACAUUUACUUAAUACCAUUAAUAAGUCAACAGUAAUAGUUAAUAGAAUCAAUAAUAAAAGUAGUCACCUUAGAAAGAGGUUCCUUAAAUUGUUAAAUAAGAGAUAAAUAAUUAAAAAACUAAGAUAGAAGAAUCUAAAUCUAAAGUUGAAGUUUAAAAAAAGACUCCAGAAUCAUCAAAAUCUAAAGAAGAGAAAAAGGAACAAAGUGAAGAUGAAUGGGAAAGCGAAGAAGGUGAUGACAGUGAUGAGGAUAGCCAAGAAAAAAAUAGAUUUAAAAAUGAUAAAAUUAAAGAAGAAACAAAAUCUCAAUAAGAUAAAGAUGAUAAUAAAAAUGAUGAAGAUGAAUGGGAAGAUGAUGAAAACGAUAACGAAAGUGAAAAUAGUGUUGAAUAAGAUGAUCAAUUUUAAUAAAAUAAAAAAAAAGAAUCACCAAAAUAAAAAGAUGAAGAUGAUGAGGAUUCUAGUGACUAUGACCAUGAAGGAGAAAAGAAAUAAAGUGGAAAAAAGAUAAAAGAAAAUAACUAAAAAUUGGAAAAUUAAACAGUAAAUGAUAAUAGCAUCAAGCCAAGUGAAUCUAACCAGAAAGAUUUAUCAAAAAUCAAAGACGGUUUAAUAAAUUAAAUUAUGGAAAAAAUAACAAAUAUUACAGAAGAAAAUUUUGGAUAGUAAAGUGGUAAAAAGCUUAAAGAUAUAGAAGAAAUAUAAAAUUAAGAGGAGGAAGAAAAUAAUAAUUACUAAGAUGAUGAAGAAGGUAAAAUAGAUGAUUUUGCCAUUGAUGGCUAUAGAGAUAACGAAGCUAGAGAUUAGGAUGGUGAAGAAGAGUAUAAAAUGUAAAACGUUAUAUCUUUUUCAUUAUCUGAAAAUGACUAAUAAGAGGAUGAAGAGGAAGAAGAAGACGAAGAAAAGAUUAAAACAGAAAAUGAAUUCUGGAAUAAAUAUCUUGUCUUAAAGGAGAGAUGGAAUGUUGCUAAAUAUUAUAAUAUUGAUAAAAAAGAGUAAGAAGCAAUGAAAUAGUAGAUAUUUGAGUUUUUGAGAGAUUUAAGACGCCAGAAGGAAAAGAUAGCCAUUUUUGUUGAUAUCGUCAAAUAGCUUGAUGAAGAUGAUUUAAAAAGAUAUCUCCAUACCAAGUUUCCUAAAUUUAUUUCAUUGAAAGGUGUAAGUACAAAGAAAAAUAAGAAGAAUAAAAAAUAAAAUUAAAAAGACGAAAAAAAUAAGAACCAACUUUCGCAAGUUGGAAACGCCUUUGAGGACUUUACUUCAGAUAAAAUUUAAGACGAAGAAAAAAAAAAUGAUAAUAAUAAUAAUAAUGAAGACGAUGAAUAUGAAGAACUAGACGAAGAUGAAGAAAGUAACUUAGAAGAUGGGGGUGACGAAGAAGAAGAGGAAGAAGAUGAAGAUGAAAGAAAUUUACUGCACAUUAGUAGCUCUGAAGAAGACAUGAGUGAGGAAGAGAAUGAAUUUGAUGAAGAUGAAGAUGAGUAUGAUGAAGAUGAAGAAAAUAGCUACUACAAUCAAUAUGGAAACGGAUCAGGAUAUCAUUCUGAGAGCAGUCACUCUUAAUAGGAUAGCCACUUGGACGAUGAAGAUGACGAUCACCAUGAUGAAAACUCUGAUAAAAACAAAAGCCUAAAUGAUAGACAAUGGAGUCCUGUCAUUUCAUCACCUAAUCAAGAAAAUUUAAUUAAAUUAUAUAUGGAAAAUCUUGUUUAUUAUGAUGAAAAAGCUAUUGAAAAUAUCAUUUAAUCCUUCUAUUUUGGUUCAUUUAGUCAAAUUAUAAGUAAUGAGUUAUUGAAUCCUGUUCAUGGACCACAGUUAAUGGAUGCUUUAUUCUUCUUGCUGGUAAAUCCUUAGUUGGACAAAUAUGAAGAGCUUAAAAAUGAUAAAGAUUUAGAGUUUUUUGCUAAGUUAGGAGAAAAGCAACUAUUUUUGAAAAAUUAUUUAUUAUUAUAUGACAAUUCUAUGUCAUUUUUUAGAAAUACAUUUUGUACUAACUAAUAAAACGAAUUGUUGGCAUACUUUACAUUAGAUGCAAGUCAUUGGUAGUACCUUCCUUAACUAUCUGUAAUUAAAAAACUCAAAAAAAUAACAAAUUAUUAACAAAUGAGCGGCUUGUAAACUUUGAUCAUGCUCUUUGGAGAUAAAUUUAAAUAUGUAGAUAUUUAUGAAAAUAAGAAGCAAAUUUAAGUCUUAAAUUAAAUAUCUAAAUUUAUAAAAUCAACCCACAUAGAUUUAGGAAAAUCAGUUUAAGACACUCCAAGUCAAUCUCAAAUCACUAUUUAUAGCCCUGUUAUCAGAUAAAUUGAUAUAGACAAUAUAUUGCACUACUAUUAUUUUGAAAAUCUCCAUUUCAACACAAAAAGCUUUUUGUAUUCUUUCCUCAAAAAAGGACUUAACAGCCACUCUAAAUAUACUAUUACAAUUCUAGAAUAAUUCAUAGAAAGCUAGUCUAAAUUUUUAAUUCAAGAUGUAAUAGAUUUAAUGAAUAAAGGUAUUAGUGAUGUUCAAAGAAUACUUCAACAGUAAGACCCUAACUCUAAAAAGUUUGCUUUAAGUCAUCUUUAUGAAAUUUUUUCAGAUACAGAAUUCAAUCCAAUUUACGAAAGUUUUAAGAGUUUUGCAGCCAAUUUAAGAACUUUAAUGCGUUUAUACUUCAAACGAGUUAAAAAAAUUGAAAAAAGCGACUAAAAAGCAGAAAUGAUCAAGCUUCAAGAAGUUUUAAAUAAUCAAAAUUUAAUGAAAUUAUUUACUCAUAUCCUCAGAUAAUUAUAAUAUUUACAUUCAAAUAUAAUUGGAAUUAAACAAUCUGGGUCAACAUCGGUUUUAGAUAAUGACGAAAAUGGAGAAUUAUAAUAAAUUUUCUAGUCUUUUAUUCCAAUUGUUAAGCUUAUGUAUAUGUUACAUCCUUAUUACGACAUUGAUACAUUAGUAGCCCUACAAUUAUCAGAUGUUGAGCAAUCUGAUUCUUUACCUGAGCUAGCAAGAAUUAGUUCAAAGCAGCAAUCUUCUGCCAAGUUUGAAGCUAUCAAUUAAAACAAAUUGAUUGAAAUUGUAAAUGAAGAAGAAGAUAAAAUUUUGAAAGUAGAUGAAUUUAAGAGAAUUUUGGAAUAAGGAUUUUGCUAAAUUAUAAAGCUUUUUGUUGGUAUGGACAAUUAGUUAUUCCAAAAAUAUAUAAGAGUAGUUUCUAAAGAUCCUUAAAAUCUUAGAUCUUUAGAUUUAGAUACAAGAUUAUAUGCAAUUCAUUAAAAGGCUGUUAAAAGGGCUUAAAAAGAAUAAGAUUGUACUAUGGAAAUUAUAACACUAAAGGUAGAUAGAAAGUGUGUCUUCGAAGAUACCUUUAAAACUAUUAUGAGAUAAAAGCCCCACUAGCUUAUUUAAAAGUAAUUUGAGGUGAAGUUCCGUAAAGAAGAUGGCAUAGAUCAAAGUGGGUUAACAAGGGAAUGGUAUUCUUGUAUUUCUAAGGAGCUUUUUGACCCUCGCAAAGGUCUUUUUAGAGUUUCUUCUAACAAAUAUAUUGUUUACCCAUCAACUACUUCAUACUUAGUUCCGGAUCAUAUAACUUUAUUCAAAUUCUCAGGUCAAAUAAUUGCAAAAAGCGUCUUAGAAGGUUAUUUGGUUGGAGUAGAUUUCCCUAAAUUUAUUUUAAAGCAUUUAACUGGAUAGCCAUUAAAAAUAAGUGAUUUAGAUGAUAUUGAGCCAGAAUUAACUAAGAAUCUCCUUUGGAUAUUAGAAAACCCUGUUGAAGAUUUAUGUCUAACAUUUAUAUAUGAAUUCGAAGAGAUAGGCAACAAAAAAACAAUUGAAUUAAUUAAUGGUGGUAAAAAUAUUGAUGUUACUGAUUAAAAUAAGAAAGAUUAUGUAGAUAAAUUGAUUAAUUAUGUAAUGAUCUAAUAAAUUUAGCCUCAAAUUCAAUCUUUCUUGGAAGGAUUUUUCAGUAUAUUCCCUAAAUCUGAAUUGUACCUAGUUGAUUGGAUGGAACUUGGCACUAAGAUUGCAGGAGCAUAAGAAAUUGAUUUUAAGGAAUUAAGAGCAAAUACAACUUAUUAAGGAGGAUACAGUGAAAUUAGUACAUUGAUUUAAUGGUUUUGGGAAAUUCUUAUGACAUUUGAUGAUAAAAUGAAAAGAAAAUUCUUAUUCUUUUUAUCUGGCUCAUAUAAAAUUCCUUUGGGUGGAUAUAAAGAUAUGGGUUUCACAAUUAGUAAAAUUUUCGAUACUCAAAACUUGCCUGUGGCUCAUACAUGCUUCAAUCAGCUCGAUUUACCUCAAUAUGAAGAUAAAGAAAUUUUGCAAAAGAAGCUUUUCUAAGCAAUUUUAGAUGGAAAUGAAAGCUUUGGUAUUGCUUGA